CGUUCGUCCUUCCGUUAGGUCACUGACGUCGCCGUUAGAAACUGCUGACGUGGAGUGUGACUUGGCUGCCCACCCUAACACCUGGCAUGGUGUGUGUAUUGCUGACCAGAUAUGUUUAGUGUGUUGCAUCAAUUUGGUCCCCAAGUGUGAGAUUAAAAACCCUAAUUCCCAACCUUCGAAGAACACGGUUCCCUUGAUUGAGCGUUGUCGCAGACCCAGGUGUUGUGCUUGCGGGAGGAAGUUGGUCUCGGCGCCAUGAUGGGAAGCGGAAGUGGAGGGGCCGGUCGUGGGUUUCCAUCGCCGUCACAGAGUAGUUAUACAUCGAGCUCGUCCAUGCGAAGAAGAAGACAAAACCAUGAAGAAACCUGUUUCUGCGGUUUGAAAACCUUGAUUAAGAAAUCAGGGACAUCAAAGAACCCAGACCGGUUGUUCCAUACCUGUGCAAGAUAUCGGAAAGGGAACCAUUGCAAUUUUUUUAAAUGGGUGGAAGAAAAUGAAGAUGUAGCUGUUGCAGAGGGUUCCAGGGGUGUCCCAGAAAUGGAAGGAGAACUGGACAUUGACUAUGAAGAUUGGAAGAUUAAGUUAGCAUGGAAAAUAGGUAGUUUAGAAGCAGAAGUUAGAGCACACAGAAUGUUAUUGUGCUUCAUGUUCACUAUUGUGAUGCUAGUCAUCUUAGUAGGAGUGUUAGUUUGCAUCUCAGAUAUGUACAAGUAGGGCUGGUUUUGUUGUUUCCAGUACCCUAGCUAAAGUAUUCUAAUAUGAAACUAGAGUUUAUCAAUGGAAAUUUGGUUUUUGGAUAACCUGUGGUGAAAAGAUAAAAUGUAAAGAAGCAAAUGGCAAACCAGACACAUAACAAGAUAAUAAAGUUUCUUAAAUUUCUUAAUAUGAAGUUUCAUAACAAAAGGUAGUAGAAUUCCUAAAAGUGAUUCAACAGAAACACUUCAUACCAAGGCAUAACAUGCACCCAAAAUAGAGUCAUUACAAAACAUUGAUGCUAGAUAUUGUUUAACAGAAACAUAAACAUGUCUUUCUUAGUCUAAAGCCUAGAACAAAAAAAAAAAAAGGUUGCAUAUGUUUAGAUGGAUGUGCUUCAGAUGGCGUCGUCUUUCUUCCUAGGCCGUUUGAACCCUGGAGUCGGGAUGAAGGUCAUAAAACUUGCAAGCUUCUUGGUUGUGGCAGCACUAGAUCCUCUAAUUGUUCCAACAGAAAUUGGAGCUUUUGCUGUUGGGGGAGCAGGUUGGGGAGAGGCAGCUCUUUUCCCUUUUCCCUUACAAACUUGAAGCUUUGGUGGUCUUCCCCUCAUUUUAGCCUGCAUGACAUGGUAAACACC